CAGGACCAGGGGCAAGAACGGGGGCAGGAGGAGGGAACCGGGCACGGGAUGGGGCAGGGAGAAUCCUUUCCACCGAUCAGUCCGGGCAGUUUGAAAUUCCUGCUGCCUGUUUGCAAGAGCGCCGCACACGUGGUUGCACGGCUGCAGGCUCAAGGUCUGCUGCUGGGUCCUGGUAACCAGGUUACAACUAGUCAGCGGAAGAUGACACCUGAAAGGGAGGCUGCACCUGGUGGGGAGGUGGCAACUGGAAGGGAGGUGGUACCUGGUAAGCAGGUGCUAUCUGAGCCAGCAGCAUCUACAGCAGCACGGCACAUUCUCCGCUUCUCCCUGCAGUGCCUUCGCAUCCUUGCAGCCCUGGACCCCGUACCAGCCACCGAACCUGAACCACCAGGCUCGACCGUCCCAGGCUCGGCAGUCCCAGGCUCGGCAAACACGGACCUGUUAGCAGCAGUUGGAGGUUCGGAGCUGAUUCCGUUCCUCCUGGACCUGCUGCAUGAGCUGGGACCCCCUGUUGUCACACCACCGACUGCACCAGCAGCAGAAGCAUCACCAAGAGCAGCAGGUUUGAGCAGAGAGCAAGUGACAGGACCAGCAGCUGUAAGACCAGCAGUGAUGGCCGCUCUCUACCCGUGCUGUAACCCGUACCCUGGUUACCGCAGGGAUGUGGUUGCAGUGAUUGCCAAUGCGUGCCACAGACGCAAGGCAAACCAGGAUGCUGUCAGGCUCUACUCUGCUCCUCUCAGCAUUCCCUCAUCCGCUGCUGCUGUUGAUUCUCCUGCCACCGAUCGCACUGCGACCACCACUCCCGCCACCACAGACAGCACCAACAACAGCAGCACCACCACCACUAGCGCAACCACCAGCACCCAAACAACCCCCACCCCCCCCAACCCGCCCAGCAGCAGCAUCAUGAGCAGCGGUCUCUUUCUUAUCCUCCAGCAGUGUGUGGCAGGCGACAGCCGGCUCGGGGACGACCUCCUCAGAGAGUGGGGCCUGUGGGCUGUGCGGAACCUUCUAGAAGCCAACCCCGAGAACGCUGCUGACGUGGCGGCGCUGGAGGUGAGAGGUGGGGCGCAGACAGAUGGGUUGAGGGAGAUGGGGCUGGCUGUGGAGGUGGAUGGGCGGACAGGGCGGCCCAAGCUUAGGAAUUUAGGGGCAGAUGAGAGAUGACGGGGAAAAGGGGUGCGCUUUUCUAUGAUUGGAGGUGAGAGGCGGGGCGCAGAUGGAGGGGUUGAGGGAGGUGGGGAUGGGUGUGGAGGUGGAUGGGCGGACAGGACAGGGCGACCGAGGUUGAGGAAUAUGGGGGGGGCAGAUGAGUUGAGAGGUGAGGGAUCGCCAUGUCAUGUCAAACGCAGUGGUGUCAUCAUGCGAUGUUGUGCCAAUAGAUGCUUGUAUUGCAUUGCGUUGCCUUGGCUGGAGGAGAGGUGAAGGGAGCUGAUCUGAGGAGAUUCCUCUGGAGAAGCCAGAGCUUGAUAGAUAUGCUUUACGGAGGUGUUCAGCUUGUUGUACCGGUACCUUAGCUGUAGAGCCGGUUGGGGGAGAAACACCAGUGCUGCUUGGCAUCCUGCUGGAGUGCACUCAGGUGUUCUAGAACGUUUGAUCAUAAUGUGCACCCUCGGGAAUGUACCGUUAUAUGUACAUUUUGCACC